AUGACAAGCUACGCGUGCUUCCAACCUUAUGACUUUCUGGACUCUGAAGGCUAUGGAUCAGCAAGUAGUCCAGAAUCAAACAUCAGACCUUAUCAUCAAGCAGAAUCGUACCCACAACCACCUCGUUCACGAGGUAGUAGCUGCGACAGCGUCAGUUCAAUUGACAGUCACAAUAAUCAAGAGUAUCAAGAUCUUGGUACAACUACUCCAAGUGUAUUCCCAGGACUGUCAGGAGGCUUCAAUUUUACUGAGUUCUACGAAGGCUAUGCAAGAGAAGCAUCUAAAUAUGAUUCAAGUCAUGAAGUCUUUAAAAACUCGAAAGAAUACAAACCAAACUACAAAACUGAAUUUGAUAAUUCCUAUGAUGUUGGAUAUUUAGAAGUUGAUAAAUCAUACAGACAUCAGCAAAAAAUGGUCCAUCCUCAAACCAAUAAUGAUUUUUUCACAAAAACUGGAAUGUAUCAAGACAGCAGCAUGAAGACAGAACCAUUUACUCAUCGAGCUGAUGGUCUCUAUCUGGAAGAAAGUUAUCAAGCUCCAAAGAAUGACUUGGAAAGUAGGAAAUGCUUCAACCAAGUCCAGGCAAGGUUCAGGCGUGAGGAACCAUCAAUCAGUUCACCUUAUCAAGUUCAGAAGACCAAGGACAGUUUGCAGAAGAUGAAGAACAACACACCUGGAAUUGAAAUCAUGAAGAAGAGAAGGCUUGCUGCUAAUGCCAGAGAAAGAAGACGAAUGAAUAGUCUGAAUGAUGCAUUCGAUAGGCUACGUGAUGUUGUUCCUAGUCUAGGGAAUGACAGAAAACUCAGUAAAUUUGAGACACUUCAGAUGGCACAGACUUAUAUUUCUGCACUCUAUGAACUUCUUCAAAGAGAUUGA